UGCAUCGAUUGGAACCGCGACCUGCUCAAGCAUGAGCUGGGGCUGAGUGAACAGGACAUCAUUGACAUCCCCCAGCUCUUUAUCCUGCGAGGUUCCCGUGCAGAAGCUCUCUUCCCAGACAUGGUGAACAUGUUGGUGCUGGGCAGACACCUGGGCAUCCCCAAGCCCUUCGGGCCGCUGGUGGCUGGGCAGUGCUGCCUGGAGGAGCGGGUGAGGGCACUGCUGCAGCCCCUGGGGCUCUCCUGCACCUUCAUCAACGACUUCUUCUCCUACCAUGUCCUUUCUGGAGAUGUGCACUGCGGCACCAAUGUCCGCCGCAAGCCCUUGGCUGUCAAAUGGUGGCACGUGGUGCCCUAAGUGCCCAGGAAGGGUCUCUGGUCCUUCCCAAUGGAGGAUUUGGAGCAUCUCAAAAUAAAGCAUUUUGGCAAUACGA